AUGAAAAAUAUACCUUAUUCAAGCAAUUAUCAUGAGCUAAUGGAUUAUUUUAUUAGAUGGAAACUUGUAUAAAAUUUAUUGCGCUGGACUACUCAAAAAUAGUAAAAUUAUAAGCCUGAAUUUUUAUUGGAUUAAAUUAGCUUUAUAGCCACAAAUAUUAAAAUCAUAAUAAAUAUAAUACAUAUCCUUUAUGCAAUGAUUAUUAAUUAAGAUAGGACCUAAACAGCAAAAGGAUUUUAAUUUUAGUAUGUAAUUAAUUGA